AGUUGCUCUGGGAAAAAUACAUGUUUUACGGAGGGAAAUUAAAGUGAGAGCCCGGACCAGCCGAGGGAUGUUACCCGCGAGCGUGCAAGCUUCCACAUCUGCAAAAUAGGAUCGUACAUGUUUCUAUUGCCAACUGAAUUUUUCUGUUUGGUCUGAUUUUCAGAAGAACAAGGAAGGAAAAAGGGCAGUGAAAAAGAGAGCAGAAGACCAGGGGUCGAACGGAAAAGAAAGAAGAAGAAGAAACAGGGUAAAAAUAAGACGAGCCAAAGAAAGGAGAGCAACCGUCAGCACUCACCCCACAGAGUAUAAAGGCAGAAAGGAAAAGACGAGGUGAAGAGAUGAAGCCACUAAAGAGACAGAGGGGGUGCUCUCCCCCCUCCACGCGGGCCAAAGGGGGGAAGAAGAGAGGGGCGACAGAGACCCCCCCAGAGAGGGACAACAGGAACAAACUCAGGAAGGAGAACCAAGGCGGACAGCCUCAAACCACGCCCUCCGCCCACUUGCCACAGAAACAAUCCACAACCUCCUCUGAAAGCUCUCAGCAGGAGCCAAUCAGAGGCAGAGAGACCCCAAAGAAGGAGGGGCCUAGAGAGCAGGUGCCGCCAAGGCAACCUGAAGUUAAAGAGAAGACCGAGGACAGCAGAGGGGGUGGGGGGAAACCAGGGGGGCCUAACAGUACCCCCACCUCCUCCCAUAACAACACCCUCACCAUCCCCACCCCCACUACCAGUCCCAGCCCUACCUCCAUGUCCAGUAGGAAAACAGCCACCUUCAAGGCCAGAGUCCCCAAGAAGAAGUACAUUGCUGAACACUAUGCUGGUAGCAACGCGCCCAGCCUCACCUUCACCCCUGCCCCCAUGCACAACAGCCACAGUAACUACAGUAGUACUAGCAGUAGUGUUAACAUCAUCAACAGCAGUAGUACUAACAGUAAUAACAGUAGUAAUACCAUUAGUAACAGUAGUAGGACCAACACUACUAUUAAUGGUAUUAACAGUGGUACUAACAGCAUUAGUAACAGCAUUAGUAACAGCAUAAGUAACAGCAUUAGUAACAGCAUUAGUAACAGCCAUAGUAGCAGCUCAGUCAGCAACUCGUUAGCCCCCAGUGUGUCCAAUGAGGAGAGGAGGGUAGCCGCUAGCAGCCACAGCCAUGGCCCGGGGGAGCAGGGGAUGACAGGGGCCUCCAUAGGGCCCAACAAUGGCAGUGUGGCCCCCCAGGACAGAGAGAGAGACCCCCAGGGUGGAGAGACAGAGGCAGAGGGGGCCCCUAACUCAGUACGCUCCGUAUCCACGGAUACAGCCAGUGAGCACGAUCUGGAGGUGAACUCCCAGCCCAGUACCAGCCCUGCUAGAGCCCCCUACCAAGGCAGUCUGUCCGGGGCGGAUGCUCUGGCCAAAGGCCUGAAGAACCAGAGAGUUCUAGCCCGCUGUCGAUGGAGAGACAGACUUAACGGAGAGCAGGGUGGGAGGGAGAGAGAGAGGGAUGGACCCCUGUCUCCUAUGUUCAGGGCUGGGGUGGUGCGGCGGGUGAGUGGGGGCAGCGCUGAUAUCCAGCUGCAGGGGGAGGAGGGGAUACUCUGUUACCCCUUUCAGGGGGGGCCCGCACACCCGGAGGGGGAGGAGACGAGCGUGGAGUUCAUCCUGGACGCCCCUCCACCCGGCACGGCAUCCGUGGCCAUCGGGACACGCGUAUGUGUGCCUUUCGGAGGGGGAGGGGGGCGAGAUGGGGGUGAACAGGGGACACCUCAGCUAUACAGAGAAGGGAUGCUGUCCCAGGUAGACCCCCACCCUGCCGUGUCGUUCCCCUACAGGGUGCUACUGUGUGAGGAUCUAGAGGUGCUGGAGAAUGGAGGGAAGGAGGAGGAGGAGGGAGGGAUGGAGGAGAAGAGGAGGAGGGCGCAGGCCCAGGCUGUAUGGGUGUCCAGACAGAGCCUGAGGCUGCUGACUCCCCCCUGGGAACUGCCUCACCCAGGGGGGGGCGAGAGGGAGAGAGAGAGGGAGGAGAGGGAGAGGAGGGAGGAGAUGGAGGUGGAGAGGGAGGUGUGCCAGCUGAGUAUUGGGAUGGCGCUGGGUGGGCCGAUGGGAGGGGGGGUGAGGUUGGUGCAUAGCUUCUCUCCAGAUGGGGUGGUGGGGGGGCAUCACUAUGGAAACACCCCGCCCCACCCCUCCUCGUUGGUAACGACCAGUGUUGUCACCAUCACUGGAGAGGGUUACCCUGACAGAGAGAUAGAACAAGAGAGACAGAAACAGCCCCAAACACCAGAGGAUGACAUGGAGAUGUCUAGGUUCACUAUGGGCACCCAGCAUCGCCACAUCCUCUCCAAGCCCCUCCUUGGGGGGCACAGCUACCCCUCCUCCCAACACCUGGUCCAGGGCCUGGGCACGCCACUGGGCUCUCACCUGUCCUCCCUCACCUUGCCUGGCCCCGAGGCCAUGGGCAUGACCCCCCCACCACACCUACCCCCUUCCAAGAGCACCCUGGUCCCCCUGGACAAGACCCCCUCCCAGAUCCCCACCCCUACCCCUGGAGGGGGGUCUACCUCCUCCUCAGCCUCCUCUUCGCGCUCCCGCACCCCCCUGUCUGCCGCUCUGCAGAAGUACAAGAAGGGGGACGUGGUGUGCACCCCUAACGGUAUCCGCAAGAAGUUCAACGGCAAGCAGUGGAGACGCCUCUGUUCCAGAGAGGGCUGUAUGAAGGAGUCCCAGAGACGAGGCUACUGCUCACGCCACCUCUCCAUGAGAACUAAAGAGAUGGAGGGAGCGGGAGGAGGGGGAGAGAGGGACAGGGGGAGAGGAGGAGGAGGGAGCAGUUCGGGGACGGUCACCCCCUCAGACCUGCGUGGGUUUGACUGGGAUGAGACGUCCAGAGACAGCAGCGAGGCCAGCAGUAGAGGAGACUCCCGCCCUCGGCUGGUGCUGCCCUCCCUCCUACCCCAUGACUUCUCCAGGUUUGACUUUGACGAGUGUGAGGCAGCAACCAUGCUGGUGUCUCUGGGCAGCUCUCACUCUGGGACCCCCUCCUUCUCCCCAAUCUCCAACCAGUCCCCUUUCUCCCCUGCCCCUUCUCCCUCACCCUCCCCCCUCUUCGGAUUCCGUCCCGCCAACUUCUCCCCCAUCACCGCCUCCUCCGUCCUCCCCCCUCCUCGCAGACACAGACACCCCAGUGCCACAGGGGGAAAGCUGGGCACCCCUGGGGGGGCAGAGAGGGAGAGGCAUACCUCAGGGGUCCAGCCGUCGUUCCACACUAACCUGACCUUCACUGUCCCCAUGAGCCCUAGCAAACGCAAAACAGAUGUUCCCCCUCCUCCCUCCUCCCACCCCCACCACGACUACCCCCCCAAACCUGAGCUGGAGCAGGGGGACCUGAACCCUGCCUCGUUCCCCGUCCUUUCCCCCCAGACCCCAGCACACACCCACGCUUACACACCCACCUUCUCCUGUCCCCGAGGGGUGAGCACACCAACCAGCCGGCCCUCCUCCUCCUCCGCCACCUCCCCUCCUCCCCUCCUGGUGUCCCCAACUCCCCCCUCCCCUCCAGACUCAGGCUCCUGCCGUUUCCACCCCACAUCCCAGCAGGCCUUGCGGGACUCUCCAGUGAUCGUGCGGAACCCGGAGGUUCCUCUGGCCAAGUUCACAGAGCGUCCGUUAGGCCGUGGGGGGGGGGGAGUAGGUGAUCCUAAGAGUCUUAACAGCGUUACUCCCCAGCCUGUCUCCACUCUCCAAGUCCCUGUACCCAUCAACGCUGCUGCUGCCACGGCAACCAACGGCACCGUCCUCCUCCAGAGCCCCACCCCCACCCUAGUGCUGGUGUCAUCCGCCCCGCCCUCCCUGACCUCCGUCACCCCCGGUUACCCCGCUUUGGCUUGCAUCUCCAUCUCCACCACGCCCCCCUCUUCGGGACCCCCCCUCACCAACCCAGCCAGCCCAGGGGAAGGGCGGGGUAGGACGGAGAGGACAGGCUCGUUUGGGGGGGAGGUUCAGCAGCCAGUGGCCUGUCACCCCUCUCCUACAGCCCUGCUGCCCCUCAUACUGCCUGCAGAGAACCUGCACCCCACACCAUGCAAAGACAUCAUAAUGGGACGCCCCGGGACAGUCUGGACCAACGUGGAACCCCGGUCAGUUCCUGUGUUUCCCUGGCAUUCAUUGGUCCCUUUCCUGGCACCAACCCAAUCAGAUGCCUCUACUCAGUCUGGUGAGGGCCAACAACUAAUCAAUCACGCCCAAGCUGCCAGUCUGAAAACAGAGUCUCAGGGGGGUGCAGUGCUGCUACAGGAGGCCAACGAGGGCCCCCCCUCCCAAGAGAGAGGACCCACAACACGGCUGGCUCCCUCCACGGACGACCUGGCCCCGGAGAGGGAGGCCGAAAGAGAGAGGCCAGACAGUGAGACUGAGAGUGAUGUGGAUGACCCGUUCUUCCCCAGUAUUCUUCCUGAGCCCUUGUCUGUGACUCCUGUGAAGAGACGCACUCAGUCCCUCAGCGCCCUGCCCAAAGAUGGGGACAAGAGCAGCCCUGGCAAGAGGGAGAAGGACCACAUCAGGCGGCCGAUGAACGCGUUCAUGAUCUUCAGUAAGCGUCAUCGAGCGCUGGUGCACCAGAGGCACCCCAACCAGGACAACCGCACGGUUAGCAAGAUCCUGGGCGAGUGGUGGUAUGCCCUGGGGCCCAAAGAGAAGCAGAAGUAUCACGACCUCGCCUUCCAGGUGAAGGAGGCCCACUUUAAGGCCCACCCAGACUGGAAGUGGUGCAACAAAGACAGGAAGAAGUCUAGUUCUGAUGGCCGAGGGCUCCCAGGGCCGGGGGGCAAAGACAUUAGAGAAAGGAGCAUGUCUGAGACCACCGAGCCCCAUGGUGUGGAGCUGAAAGGGGUGGGGCCUGGCCUGCUGGGUGUGUCUGAGCGGAAUCCAGGGGAGGCGCAUGUAGGUCAGCUACCCCGCCCCCGAGCCUUCUCCCAGAGUGCCGUGCACAGCCUGGAGAGGAGUGAGAGGGGCAACACACAGGCCCUGGCCGAACUGUCACAGAUGUGUGGGGAUGGUGGUGGCCAGUUUUCGGGGCGCGCCCAGACCCUGUCCCGGUCUCAGAGGGGGGUCAGUGAGGACAUGACCAGUGACGAGGAACGCAUGGUCAUCUGUGAAGAGGAGGGAGAUGACGAUGUCAUCGAGGACCCGUACCCUGCCAGCUCCAUAGACCUGAAGUGUAAGGAGAGAGUGACGGACAGCGACAGUGACAACGCCUCUGGGAACGAGAGCGAUCGCAAGCGUGUCUUUGCUCCAGCGAUCUGCUCUUCCUCCUCCCAGCCCACCCCCCACGGACGCUCCGUCUCUCUCUCCUCCUACCCUUCCAAACGCUACGACGAGGAGAGAGGAGGGGGGCUCUCAGACCGCAGGAGGAAGAGAGGAAUAGAGGGAGGAGGUGGUGAUGGAGGAGGAGUGGCAUCCCUCUCUCUUUCCCUGUCCUCCUCAGGCCACUCUGUCAUCUCCAGCCCCGGAGGCCCAGUUCCUUCUGCCCUUGCCCCCCUUGGCCUGUCUCCUCUCCUCGGGUUGGGGGCUGUCAGAGUGGCCUCUACAGUGGUGACCAACGUGGUUCGUCCGGUCGUGAGCACGCCAGUCCCCAUCGCUAGUAAACCCCGAGACGGAGCAGCUUCAUCCAUUCCUCACCCACCAGACAGGAGGUCCCUCCCAUCGCAGCAAGCGCAGCUUUUGAUUGGAUCCGGAGUAGGAAGCGGAGGGCCUGGGUACUACUCCUCAUCCUCACCCAAUCCCAUAGGUGCAGGGGCGGGUCCAGGGGGGCUGGUGACCAGCUUGGUGUUCCCGGGGCACAGCCAGUCCACCGUCCAGCUCAUCAGUCCCUCCCCCCAUCCGUCCUCCCACCACCAGCUGCCCCCCACCGCCCCAGUCUCUGCCCCCACACACAACCACACCAACGGCCCCCUGCCCCUCUCCCUGCUCCAGCCCCAGUUCCUCUCCUCGUCAUCUCUGGCAUCCCCCGGGGGCAAAGCCAUCACACAGGUCCAAUACAUCCUGCCCACCCUAUCAGCCAGCUCCAAUCCCAAGAGCCCCUCCCCUCAACUGCACAACCUGCCAAACAGUAUCUUCAACCUGCCCACAGCUCCGUCCACCCACAUGUCCAUAGCCAAUGGGAAGCAGGUGGGGCCGGGCUCGCUGAUGGGAUACGCCUCCAGCCCAGCCGUGGGAGUGGUCAGCCCGGGAGCCAGAGUGCAAUCCCAGUCCCCAGUCCUACAGGGCAAGAUGCUGCUUCCCAUGGCAACAGUGAGGGCGGCACCCGCCCCUGCUCAGCAGUACCCCCUCGUGGCUCCACCUCUUCCUGUCCAGAAUGGAGCUCAAGCAGGAAGCAAGAUCUUCCAGAUCGCUCCCAUGCCUGUCGUCCAAUCCCAGCUCCAGCAAGGCGGGGCAGGGCAUCCUGGGAGCCCUUUUCCCGUUACCUUGGGAACGGCCACAGUGUUGCACCAAGGUUCUGCCCCAUCUCAGACUGUGCUGCUGCCGCCCCCACCAACCAGGAUCACCUAUGUCCAGUCCACACCAGGAGUCCCCUCUCCUCUGCCUCUGGUCUCCACAACAACAGGCUCCUCCUCCCCCCAGCAGGCCCAGCCCACCCCUGGAUCUGCAUAUGUUCCGUCGCCCCUAGCAACGCUGGGCUUUACAGCCAUAGCUCCCCCUGGACAGAACCUAGUCCAACCCCUCAUCACAGGUCAGCCUGCCCUUCAGGCCCCAGUCCAGUCCCCUACCUGCCCCUCCCUCCCCUCUGGCCCAGCCUCUGCUUCAGUGGGACAGAUAAUCACCGCCAUCUACCCUCCUACCAGCAUCACCAUGGCAACCGGGGUGGUCUCCAUGUCAGCCGUGCCGCCCAACAUGGUGUACACAGUCUCCAGCUCCUCCAGUCUGUCCACUCACAUCCUGCCCAAACACACAUUCGCCCCUGCCACCCCCACCACACACACUCACAUCCAGCUCCAGUCGGACAGACAAACAGACAGGCAAGCAGGGGAGAGACCCACGGACAGAAUGUCUCACUCUCAGUCAGAGAAAGCGGCAGACAGACCAGCGGAGACGCAGCCUGAGCUACAGGCGUACGGACAGAUGGACAGGCCAACCCUCACACAGGCGGACAGACAGACGGCGAGGCAAGCCCAGACCUUCAAUAAGAGCAGCAGCUUAGUGGCGCCCCCAAGUGGCUCCUCAUUGUUACUGCGGCCCUGCAGCCCCCCUCUGCCCUCUCACACUUCCACAGGCAGUGCACCAGGCACCCCCAAACUCCCCCAGCUCCCGGUGAGAACCCCUCAGAAAAUCAAAGCCACUGUUGCCAACAUCCCGGUGGGCAGCUACGAGGGAGGAGGCCGGGGAAAGGAGAGGGAGAAGAACCGAGAGAGGGAAAGAGAGAGCACUGGAGCAAACAGUCGUUUUUCCUUUGAGCUGGAGCAUCCUGGGAAGUCGGCGUCCCCCUCCCAACACACACACGCUGCUGAGGAGCCCCCCUCUGACAGACCCCCUGAGGGACACGUCCCUGGGGACAACACUGACACACACAGCACAGAGGCCAGCAACGAGUCCGGGUGGAAGGACUCCGUCCCCUCCUCACCCCUGCCCCCUCCCUUGGGUACAGACCCUGCCCUGCCACCUCCCCAGAGCGACAAAGACGCCCCUCCUCCCAAGAAGGUGAAGGCCCGCCCCCCGCCACUCAAAAGGACCUUUGACUCUGUGGACAAGGUGUUGUCGGAGGUGUAUUUUGAGGAGCGUUUUGCUCAGCUACCAGAGUUCAGGCCAGAGGAGGUGCUGCCCUCCCCCACCCUGCAGAGCCUGGCCACCUCCCCCCGCGCCAUUCUGGGCAGCUACCGCCGCAAGAGGAAGAACUCCACAGACCUGGACUCGUCAACAGAGGACCCCGUGUCUCCUAAGAGGAAGAGUAGACGGCGCUCCAGCUGCAGCUCGGAGCCCAGCACACCCAAGAGCGCCGCCAAGUGUGAGGGAGACGUCUUCACCUUCGACCGACCAGCCCCCCCGUCUGUGUGUCCCCCUCCAGGGUCCGGGACAGGGACAGGAGCUGAAGGAGAGGACAUCCUGGGGGAGCUGGAGUUUGACAAGGUGCCCUACUCCUCUCUGAGACGCACCCUGGACCAGAGACGAGCCCUCGUCAUGCAGCUCUUCCAGGAGCAUGGCUUCUUCCCCUCAGCCCAGGCCACGGCAGCCUUCCAGGCACGCUACUCAGACAUCUUCCCCACCAAGGUGUGUCUGCAGCUGAAGAUCAGGGAGGUCCGACAGAAGAUCAUGCAGACUGCCGUCCCCUCUGAGACCAACGAGGCUUCCUCGCUCCCCGGACCGUCUUGCACCCAAUCAGGGGAAGGGACAGGAGGAGGGGCGGAGCCAUUGGGAGAGGAGGUGGAUCGAGAGAGGGAGGGUAGUCCAGAGGAGCUGAGGGAUUCGCAGGAGUCUUCUAGAUGAAGGAUGCUGACAGGCUGGAUUGACCAAUCAGCGAUGGACCAGUUCCCCAAAUCCCGCCUCUUCUUAAUUUUGUUGAAGCUACACCCCUCUGUCUGUGUGCGUAUCUGGACCUGUCUCUCUCUCUUUCUCCAGAGAGCCAGGUCAGAAAGAGCAAGUGGAAGAGACAAAGAAAGAAGAUGUGUGUGUGUUUGCAAAAUGUGUCAGAGGUGGUAUUGUUUAAAACUUAAAAGGGGAUUUUUUUUAAAGUGUAAUUCCCCCUCUCCAAAAAAAAUGUACAUUUAAAAUGCCACACACACAGGCAGACAGACAACAGCUGAUGAACCCAAACUCCAAUACCCACACUUGAAUUAGCACUUUGUUCGUAAUAUGAAUAUUAUCCCUGUAAGCUUCCAUUGAUGCCAGUGGACUAUAGACUAUACAAUAACAACUCUCCAGCUGUUACCCAUUGCCUUGGAGCAGGGCCCAUCUUUCAGACCGAAUAACAUAUCACGUAGUGGGACUGUUUGAAGGUCAUUUAUCUGACUCUAACCGGACUCACUUUGUUGUUUUUGAAAAUGGAGGGCUUGGGAAGCAAGAUCAGUUAAUUGGCUGGUGAAGAGGGUCUGGCUCUUAAUUCUCCCAUUGACUCAUUUGUUUCUGCUGGACAUUAUGGGGCUGGGUCCCCACUGGCUUGAGAUGAUGCCAUUGGAUGGUGAGGGAUCAGAAGGAUCCUUGUUUUAUUUUUAGAUUUUUCUCUACUUUGAAUCAUAAAAGCAUACCUUCAGGACAGGUCUGUGAGGGGGACUGGAGAGAGUUUGGGACCUCGCCCUCACUUCCCAUGAUUGGCUACAGAAGAUGCCAGUAAAGAUGCACCAAGCGUUCCUGCUAGUCUGAUUCGCUCGCCAUGGGGGAAGGAGGCGGGGAGAAUGAGUCGAUGGGCACAUCAUGGCUCUACAUUUCUCACUCGGUCACUGCAACCAUGUUUUAUCUAUUUGUAGACUUUGGUUGAGAACCCAGAGGACGUCAGGCUGACAGGCCUAUUACUUCUAAUGCAGAGCGGUUUUAUUAUCUAACUUUUUAUUUUAAAGACAACAAACGUGUUUUUUUUUAAUCAAACACAGGUAACGUUGCAGUUCAUUAUGUUAUUAUUGCAUUACUGUCACUAAUAUUACUCCUCUCAUUGUUAUAGUGGACCUGAUCCUUGCUACGGGCUGGUAUCAAUGUCAUUAGAUUCUCUCUCAACCUGUUUUCUUAUUUGAGGGGAAAUGGGAUGGUCCUCACCUGUGAGAGAGAUGGUCCUCACCUGUGAGAGAGAUGGUCCUCACCUGUGCCUCUCUCCCUCUCUUUGUCUUCCCUUUCAACACCCUCACUUCACCCCAGCAAGGACCUGGGGUGACAAAUAUUUUUAUUCAUUUCAAUAAGGGAUAACAAAGAGAAGAGGGUUGACAUUUGUAUUCAUUUAAGUGUAAUAAGUAUGUUUUUGGACAACCCUGUAUACCGCUCUCUCUCACUCCCCUGCUAGUAAGUUUGAUUCUAUAGCCUCCUCCUUCCUCCCUCUUUUCCUUCCUUUCUUCCUCCCUUACUGUUCUCUCCAGGCCUUUUUUGGGGUGGGAGGAGAUAAGCCUGGAGGGGGCAGGGCAGUAUAAAGAGUGGUAGGGUAUAAUAUUGGUUGUCUUUGUGCAAGACUUGGUUGUGUUGUACAUAUUAUUUACUGUAGAGUCAGAAGACUCGCUAUAAUAUUGAUAAGGAACCAUGUGUAACCGACUUGUAUUGACUUUUAAAAGACGCCAUUACACAAGGUCAAACUCCAAAAAUGUACAAAUGAAUAAUAAAUAUGAAUAUUAA